AUGGGUAUUGAGAACCGGUUUCCCUUUACUGGACAUGAAAGUGAUUUGUCAGACAAUUUAUCUGAGGUAGAUACUGAUCUAUCGAACUAUGACUCAGAAGCCGAAGAUUUCUUUCUGGAAGGAGGAGAUAUUACACUGGAUAAGAAAACAUCUGAUGAGGACUACGAGCCGGAUACUCCUGCUCAAGUCAGCAAGCGGCCCCGUACAGCAGCAGGACAGCAGCAGGAAACAAGUAGCUCAUCAAGUGAUGACCCUCCACAGAGAGGUUCUGCCAGCAGGAGAAGGCCAAGAGGAAGAGGACGGGGGAGGGGCAGCAGCAGAACCAAAGCUGGAGCGUCAACGAGCCCAUCUGGAGAGAGAUGGAAUGAUGUUGACAUUCCUGACAUAACACCACCUCAGCCCACAUUCAGGCCAACAAACCCACCUGGACCCCAGCUAAUUCGAACAGCGACCUACACAGCCCUGCAGCUUUUCCAACUUUUUUGGACAAACUCAGUUUUACAGACUAUCCUUCUAAACACCAAUGAGUUUGGAUCGACUCACCACUCCACACCCACUCACCCCUGGAUUGACCUGACAUUGCAGGACAUGUUUACCUUCAUGUCCAUGGUCAUCUACAUGGGUCUAGUAAAAUGCUCUGCAUUUACUGAUUACUGGCAAAAGGACAAACUGCACAGCUUCCCUUUCCCAAAACAGGUGAUGACCGGGAAGAAGUUCCUCCGAAUCACCCGAUCCCUUCAUCUCAGUAGCAUGGCGGACGAUGCUACUAAUGAGCAGAGGAGAGGCACAGCAGCCUUCAACCGCCUUUGCAAGAUCAACCCAGUUUACCAGGAGAUAAGAGAAGCCUGCAAACGGAACUAUCACCCAGGCCAGGAUAUUGCCAUUGACGAGAGGAUGGUUGCCUCCAAAGCACGCAUCGGCCUAAAACAAUACAUGAACAAUAAGCCUGUUCGGUGGGGAUACAAACUGUUUGUUCUGGCUGACUCGAAGAACGGUUACACAUGGGACUUUUUUGUGUAUUAAGGAAAGCUCCAGGGAAACACUGGCAAGGGUCUGAGCUAUGAGUCAGUGAUGGAGCUAAUUGACACAAAGUUGCUGGGCACCGGGUACAAACUCUUUGUUGACAAUUUUUACACAAGUCCCACCCUUUUCCGAGACCUCCUUCAGAAUAGGAUCUGGGCAUGCGGAACCAUCCGCACAAACAGAAUUGGAUUCCCGAAAACAAAAGAAAACUGUUUGGACUCUAAA